GAUGGCGGCUCCCAGCCUCCUCAACUGGAGGCGGGUUUCCUCCUUCACGGGGCCGGUCCCCCGCGCCCGGCACGGACACCGAGCGGUGGCCAUCCGGGAGCUGAUGAUCAUCUUUGGAGGGGGCAACGAGGGCAUCGCGGAUGAGCUGCACGUCUACAACACCGUUACAAAUCAGUGGUUCCUACCAGCUGUUAGAGGAGACAUCCCUCCAGGUUGCGCUGCCCAUGGAUUUGUCUGUGAUGGUACCAGAAUAUUAGUAUUUGGGGGAAUGGUUGAAUAUGGAAGAUACAGCAAUGAGUUAUAUGAGUUACAAGCAAGUCGUUGGUUAUGGAAAAAAGUGAAACCCCAUCCCCCUUCUUCUGGUUUACCUCCUUGUCCUCGACUGGGACAUAGCUUCUCUUUAUAUGGUAACAAAUGCUAUUUGUUUGGUGGCUUGGCAAAUGAAAGUGAAGAUUCAAACAAUAAUGUUCCCAGAUAUUUAAAUGACUUCUAUGAGUUGGAGCUACAGCAUGGUUCUGGUGUUGUGGGUUGGAGCAUUCCGGUGACUAAAGGGAUUGUGCCUUCUCCAAGAGAAUCCCACACAGCUGUUAUAUAUUGCAAAAGAGAUUCUGGAAGCCCUAAAAUGUAUGUUUUUGGUGGAAUGUGUGGUGCUCGCCUGGAUGAUCUAUGGCAACUUGACUUAGAAACUAUGUCAUGGUCAAAACCAGAAACUAAAGGGACAGUGCCACUUCCACGAAGCCUUCAUACAGCCAGUGUUAUAGGAAAUAAGAUGUACAUCUUUGGUGGAUGGGUUCCACAUAAAGGGGAGAAUAUUGAGACUUCACCUCAUGAUUGUGAAUGGAGGUGUACCAGUUCAUUUUCUUACCUGAAUCUUGAUACAGCAGAAUGGACCACCCUAGUAUCAGAUUCUCAGGAAGAUAAAAAAAAUUCAAGACCAAGACCAAGAGCUGGACACUGUGCUGUUGCAAUUGGCACUCGAUUAUAUUUUUGGAGUGGAAGAGACGGCUACAAAAAAGCACUGAAUAGUCAAGUUUGCUGCAAGGAUCUUUGGUAUCUUGAUACUGAGAAACCACCAGCACCAUCACAAGUACAACUGAUCAAAGCCACUACCAAUUCUUUUCACGUCAAAUGGGAUGAAGUGCCUACAGUUGAGGGCUAUCUUUUGCAGUUGAAUACAGACUUGCCAUACCAAGCUGCCUCAUCAGAUUCUUCAGCAUCACCAAAUAUGCAAGGAGUCAGGAUGGACCCUCACAGACAAGGCAGUAAUAGCAUCAUUCCUAACAGUAUCAGUGAUAUAGUGAACAGUGUAAAAUCUGAACAUACAGCCAUGAAAGGAACUUCAGUGAAAAACAAACCAGAUCUCAAAGCAUCAAAUGAUUCUAAUGCCUCUUUGCAUUCAUCUUUGUCAGCUAAUGCUUCUAAUCAUAACAGUUGUGUGGUGGAUAUGCUAAGGAAAAAUGAAGGUCCUCACACUUCAGCAAAUAUAGGUGUUCUAAGUAGUUGCCUGGACUUAAGAACAGUAAUCCCUGAAACUUCUGUAUCCAGUACUGUUUCCAGCGCACAAACUAUGGUAACCCAGCAGACCAUUAAAACUGAAUCAUCCAGUACAAAUGGGGCAGUUGUUAAAGAUGAAACUUCACUAACAGCAUUCAGUACCAAAGCUGAAGUUGAUGAAACAUGUGCACUGCCUGCAACUAAGAUAAGCCGUGUGGAGGCACAUGCUGCCACGAUGCCGUUUUCUAAAGAGACUCCUUCAAAUCCGGUGGCCAUGGUGAAAGCAGGAGAACGACAGUGGUGUGACGUAGGAAUUUUUAAAAAUAAUACAGCUUUGGUGAGCCAGUUUUAUUUGCUGCCAAAAGGGAAGCAAAGCAUUUCAAAGAUAGGAAAUGCAGACGUACCUGACUACAGUUUACUUAAGAAACAAGAUCUUGUUCCAGGCACAGGAUACAGAUUCAGGGUUGCUGCCAUCAAUGGUUGUGGAAUAGGCCCUUUCAGCAAAAUCAGUGAAUUUAAAACUUGUAUUCCCGGUUUUCCUGGAGCUCCUUCUGCAGUCAGAAUUUCAAAGAAUGUCGAGGGCAUCCAUCUUUCCUGGGAACCUCCAACUUCACCUUCUGGAAAUAUUUUGGAAUAUUCAGCCUACUUGGCUAUCCGCACAGCACAAAUACAGGAUAAUCCAAGUCAACUUGUGUUUAUGAGGAUUUAUUGUGGUCUUAAGACAUCAUGUAUAGUAACUGCUGGGCAGCUUGCAAAUGCACAUAUUGAUUAUACAUCCAGGCCUGCCAUUGUGUUCAGGAUAUCAGCAAAGAAUGAAAAGGGAUAUGGACCAGCUACACAAGUUCGAUGGCUUCAAGGUAACAAUAAAAAAGCACCUUUAAAUUGA